AUGAGUGAUUUUAACACUUCUGUCGGUUAUCUUAUAAUUGAAUCGUUUGGUCGUAUUGUCUGGUCUUCGGGUGAUGUGAAGACAGCCCGUGACGAGCGCGAUCGAUACGACCAAUCGGUUCAGUUCUUCGUCGUCCUCUUCGGUCGGAUAAUGGCUGCCAAUCGCCAGAAGAAUGUCGUUAUGAAGACAAUGGACUCGCAAUCUGUGGACCAGUUUAUAGACGCUGAGAAAGCUCAAGUCGUCGAUCAGUACAACACUAUUGGCCGGCAAUUGAGACAAUUGUCGGUCCAAAUCGGCCACAAAUCUCUUGAAAUCAAAGCCGCGGUCUCUGUCCUCCUCUGUGGCCAACAACACGUCGACCACACGAAUGAGUUGUUUGUCUCUAAGAUGCGUCAAAUUGAGGCCAAUCUUCGCGGCGACGCUGCGAUAGUGGGACCAACUGUUGGACAACAAGACGACCGCCAAUUGGCGGCCAGUUUUGGACAAAUUAGCAGACAAUCGGUUGGCGACAAAUCCAGAUGUGAUAACAGAUCCAAAGACAUCAUACAAAACACGGACAACACUGAAGGCAUCGACAAAGUGCGCGAAGACAUCAUCGGAAGAGUAGUGGAAGUAAUGGUGACAUUCAUGCCAUUAGUUUCAUCGGCCGAUACCCCGGAUAUGAAGACAUCCCAAAAGACACCCAAAAAGAAACGACCGGUGAAUACGGAUGAGAGUCAAGCCGUGGACUCCGAGGCCACGACACGACGGCGUAAGCGAUCGGUCGCCGCACCCAAAGGCAGCCCUUCAAAGCCUAAAAAAGAGAGAUCCAGCGGUCGGACAGCAGUGGCCGCGGAGACUGAUUCACAGACAGAAAUCAAGAAACCCAAACGCCGUCCGUCGGAGGCAAUAGAUUCGCAGCCAAAGAAGACAACACAUAAGGCGCGGACACCGAAGGCAGUCAUCGUUGCCACCAAUGAAUACAAGGGCCGGUCCUUCGAUGAGAUCAACCGAAAUAAGUUAAGCGAAGCCCCGCUUCAUAUCAAUUACCGGUCGCGAAGAAAUAUGACGACCGAACAGAGGGACAGCGCCCGACAGGAGGGUCUGGUCAUCAAAAGGGGUCCAUUCACUGCCGAAGAGAACGCCAUUUUGAAUCGCAAUUGGCGUACGUUUUGCGACGACUAUCCCAUCGAUAGGCCGCACCUUUUGCUCGGUUUCUUCAAGGGAUCGCUUUCUGAUGAGGACAGGGAUGACGUGAGAGCCGCCCACGAGUUGGUCGCCAAUUCCGAGAUGGAUAUGAGGCUCGCGCGCGGACUCCCGCACCGACAUCACAGUCAGAUCUAUCAGAGGGCCCGCAAACUGUUCAACGGUCUGCGCCGGGCCUGCGAUCUGACCGCCGCCGAGAAGCAGUCCAUAUGGAAAAUGUACGCAAACCGCGUGAAGAAGAGAGAGAUCGCCGCCGAAUUCAUGGUCGACAUCCGCGUUGUCGAAGAGCUGAUCCGCAAAAACAUGUCGUCCGAGCGAAUGGUGUUGAAGAAGAGCCUCUGGGAUGACGAGGAGAACCAGAGAUUCGCCGCUAUUAUCCGAAGUCUGACCAAUUCGGGCGACUAUUCGGACAUCCCGUGGGAAGAGGUGUCCCGACAGAUGGGCGAUCGGGCCGUAUGGCAGUGUCGACAGCACUUCCAGACCCGCGCCUUCUAUAAGCUCUACAAUCCGGACAGCAAUUUGUCGAAUAAGUGGAGUCGAAAUCUGUCGUUAAAAUUGAUUUAUUUUCUGGAUAUGUGUGAAGAAGACAACGAUGAAAACGAUGUCGACUGGGAUCUCGUCAAAGAGAAGUUCGCAGAUGUGUGCGCUUACAACACAAUGACCCGCAACUGGUAUCAAUUGAAGAUAUCAGUGGAUGGAUGGGAGCGGAAGACAUAUCGCCAGAUAGUGAACGAACUGUUCAAAAAAUGGUUCGGCGCAACGGUUCCCGACAUUAUCCACGAAGAGUUUAGAGAGUUUUGGGGCAUUAAUCGUAUUGAGAAGAGGAGUGACGUUAACAUAAAUGUGAAGGACUUUUACCACUCGAUAGACAACGUGUUGCUGUCAUUGUCAGUGAGAGAACCAGCUCUUGGGUCCAACUUUUUUUCGCACUCGCAUUCAAUUCACACCGAAAUCUCAUUUUCCACACAGACUUACGUAACUCUCAAUCCGUAUUACAACUCGUUUGGAAUAGUUUCUCGACAUUUGCUGUUGGUUGAAUUUAUAAUUACCAAGACCAUUUUGUGUGCGAAUAUGUCUGCCCAGCCUAAAGUGAUCAACUUCUCUCCCGGACCCGCAAAACUGCCGCCUCAGGUUCUGAAGAAGGCUCAGGAAGAGUUCAUUCAUUAUGGUAACACUGGUAUUAGUAUUGUGGAGAUGAGCCACAGAUCCGCUGAAUUUGAAGCUAUUGUGAAGAAUGUGCAAAAAUUGUUGACAGAAUUAAUGGGAAUUCCAGACAAUUAUAGCAUAUUAUUAAUGCACGGCUCGGGCACCGGUCAGUUCGCGGCGCUUCCCUUGAAUCUGGUCUCUGGCCUGAAAGACGGCUCUCUCACCAACUACUUAGUGACCGGCGCCUGGAGUGACAAAUGCGCGAAAGAGGCCCAAAAGUAUACGACUGUCAAUACAGUGACACCGAAACAGAAGGAGUACUUCGAGAUUCCGGCGAAGAGUGAGUGGAAACUGGACUCAAACGCCAAAUACUUCUUCUACACCGACAACGAGACGAUUCACGGCAUUGAGUUUCCAUACAUUCCCGAAACGCUGCCAAAUGUGCCGCUCGUGUGUGACAUGACGUCCAACUUCUUGACGCGUCCCAUCGAUAUCAAGAAAUACGGCGCUGUCGUCGCCGGCACUCAGAAAAACGCCGGAAUCGCUGGUAUGGCUGUUGUUGUCGUCCGCAAGGAUCUGAUCGGAAAGGCGAUGGAUGUCUGUCCAUCUAUUCUCAACUAUAAGAUUAUGGACGAUAACAACUCCCUAUACAACACACCACCGGUCUAUUCCAUUUAUAUGUGUGGUCUAUAUCUACAAUGGAUUAAAGACAACGGAGGUCUCGAAGGGAUGGCCAAACGGAGUGACGAGCGAUGCAAACUGAUCUACGAUGUGAUCGACAACUCUAACGGUUUCUACUACUCGCCAAUCAAAGCCAACUCCAGGAGUCGAGUGAACAUACCGUUCAGAAUUGGCGGUCAGUCCGGCGACGACGCCCUCGAGAAACGGUUUGUCGAGGAGUCGAAGGCUAAGGGUAUGAUUCAGUUGAAGGGUCACCGAUCCGUCGGCGGCAUCAGAGCCUCGCUCUUCAACGCCAUGACCGUCGAGGAGACACAUGUGUUGAGACAGUUUAUGAUUGAUUUCCAGAAAGCAAAUCAAAAGUAAUGCAAAUCUCGUUUUGAAUCAUCAGAUAUCGUGUUAAACAGUAAUACUUUAAAACUAAAAUAAAAUACAAUUAUAAUUCAUAUUUUUAAUAUUAAUAUUAUUAAUUGAA